AUGUCAUCGGAUUCGGAUGUUAAAGAAGAGCUGAAAUAUGAGAUUUCUGGAGAACAGUCUUAUAACGAAGAUGAAAAACAACUUUCAGAACUUGAAUUAGAUCAUACUAGUUUAUCAUUAGGAUAUAGACAGACAUUACAUAGAACAUAUCAAUUUUUUGAUAAUUUCUCUAUUGGCUUUAUAGCGUUAUAUUUUGUUGGUGGUAUAAGGAUCGUUUAUACAACAGGUAUAUUUGCAGGAGGACCGCAAGCGUAUUGGAUAAGUUAUCUUAUCUCAUGUAUUGGAAUGUCUAUUACGGCUGCUGUUAUGGCAGAAUCAUGUUCAGCACUUCCUGUGUCUGGGUCUAUUUAUUUAUGGGCAUCUAAAUAUGCAUCACCAAAAUAUAAAAGAUUAAUAGGUUUCCUUGUGGCUUGGUGGUCAAUCAGUGCAUGGGUGAGUUUUGUUGCUGGUAAUACACAAAGUGCUGUUAAUUUUCUUUUAUCUGAACUUCCUAUUUUUGGUGUGAAUUUUCCGACAUCUACCAAUGUUUUUAAGUUCAGAAUUGUUCAAUGGCUUCUUAGUGAAUUUUUAUUGGCGUUUUCUACUGUAAUAAAUUAUCUGAAGCCCGAUUUAUUUAAGUAUGCACUUCGUAUAUCAUGUAUGAUUAUUAUUUUGGAUUUUUUUUUAAAUAUAAUAUGGUUGCCUAUUGGUGUUUCAAAAACCUAUGGUUUUCAAGAUAUAACUUUUCUUAUGGAAACAUACAAUGGUACUAAUGCUACUCCAAUAUGGAAUUGGUGUUUAUCUUUUCUUUCUACUUCUGGUGUACUUAUUGGAUUUGACGCACCUGGUCAUCUGGCGGAAGAAACAAAAAAUGCCAGUCUGGCUACGGCUCGAUCUAUUUUUACCAGUGUUCUUGUGACUGGAUUGUUUGGUAUUCCUGUUGUCUUUCUUUUUAUUUUUUGUUCACCUAAGUUGGAUGUUUUAUUUUCUUUGGAUGUUCCUCAACCAUUUGUACAGUUGUAUUCACUGGCUCUUGGUAAAAAGGCACAUGUAUUUUUAAAUCUUGUUAUCAUUUUUGGUCAUCUUUUAAAUACAACAGUUGCUAUCACAUCUUCUUCUCGGCUAGUUUAUGCUGCUGCUCGUGAUGGUGCGUUUUUUAUGCAUAAUUGGCUUUCUAAAGUAGACCCUUGGCUUCAACCUAGGAAUUCUGUAACAUUAGUUUGGAUAAUAUCAUCCAUCAUUCUAUGUACAAUUCUUGUUAAUCAAGUUGCAUUUACAAGUUUAAUUAGUGCAAUGGCUCUUCCAACUGUAUGUGCAUAUGGAUUAAUAGCAUUUUUACGUUUGUUACAUAAAUCAGACGAUUCCUUACAAGUCAAAUGGUCACUUGGAAGGUUUUCUAGACCCUUUCAGUUCAUUGCUUUUAUAUGGUGUAUCUUUGUAAUUUCUGUUCUCGCUUCUCCCUAUCAAUUUCCUAUUUCUUUAUCAACAUUUAAUUAUGCACCAAUCAUGCUUGUCCUUGUGACAAUAGGAAGUUUGAUAGUUUAUUGGAUAUACCCUCAUAAUACCUGGCUUAUAUAA